UUUUUCUAGACUUCAACUUACAACUGGUUCGCAUACCAGACUAUACAUAAUGCCAGAUGGCUCAAACACCACAAGUGCAGAUGGUUCUGCAUGGCAGCCCGUAGAUACCAACCCCUGUGCAAGUGCUCAACUUACUCAUAUUGAAUUGGAAAGUAUCAAGUCAACGCUUGAAAACGUUGAGCUUGAAGAUAUUUGCCAAGUAACAAAAAUUAAUAACACGACAGAUGAGGAACCGAAUCGACGAUAUAGUUCAGAACUUGACCUACAGCAUAUAGUGGAUGAGCAGCUCAGUUUGAAAGACGAUACAAUAGUCAACGCCGAAGCAGAUAGUGCCUAUGGAUGGAUAAUCGUUGUCGCUGGGUUUAUGAUCAAUGUGUUUUCUAUUGCUCUACCUGCAUCAUACGGUGUCUUUCAACAAGCGUAUAAGGAGUUGCCCGAAUUUGAAGGCACCUCUAGUCUUGCUAUUGCAUUUAUUGGAUCUCUUGCAAAUGCUGGCCUUCCGCUUUUUUCCAUUCUCGCUGGUAGACUCGUGGAUCAGUAUGGUCCAUGUGUUGUAUGUCUCGUUGGUGCACUAUUUAUUCUUGUAUCCAUGGUGAUCGCAUCAUUCUCAACCGCAGUUUGGCAAAUGAUCAUUACUCAAGGGUUUUUAUUUGGCGUUGGUACAUCAUUGGCGCAUAUUCCUGGAAUCAGUAUUCUUCCCGACUGGUUUGUUAAACGACGUGGUCUUGCUACUGGUAUUGCAGUUUCUGGAUCUGGGAUUGGCGGGUUAAUUCUUGGCCCAGUGCUGCGUUAUUUGAUUUCACAUGUUGGCUGGAGAUGGACGUUGCGGAUUAUUGGUAUUUUUGGUGGAUCCAUAAUAGCUAUUAGCGCAAUGUUUUUAAAAGUAAGAACGUUUCGCAAAAUUCGAAAGGAAAUGCACUUUUCCAACUUUAAAAAUCCUAUUUUUCAAAAGCUUUAUGCUGUUGCUGUGAUAUACUCGUUUGCAUACUUUGUGCCAUUUUUCUAUAUUCCGACAUAUGCGCUUAAAUAUGGGAUGACGAUAGAGCAAGGUGCUCUUCUUGUUGGUAUUCUUAGUGGUGCAUCGGGACUCGGUCGGGUUACGCUUGGAUUCGCGUCUGAUCAUCUUGGACAUAUUAAUACACUUACAGGAUGCUUGAUUUCGGCUACUCUUGGAAUUCUGCUAGUAUGGCCAUUUGCAAUCAGCUUUAAUGGAAUUUUGGCUUUUGUUCUUAUUUACGGAUACUUUAUUGGCGGAUUUGUUUGCCUUACAUCUACUGUAACGGCACAGUUAUUUGGUGCCAACGGAAACAUUGCUACAGGUUAUUUAUUUGGUGACUUGUUUGGCACUCCUAUUGCAGGUGCCAUGAUUGAUCAUUUUACGGUAACUCUUCCUGACGGAGCUGUUAGCGUCAACUACCUUCCAUCCAUUCUCUUUGCUGGCUUGUGUUUUGCUGUAGGCUCUAUGCUACUCAUGUCCAUCAAAAUGACUGUUGGAAACCGCAAAUUUUUUAUCAAAGUAUGA